AUGCCGAAACCCAAGACUUUCUUGAAAGAAUCCAAGGCCAAGAAGAAGGCCUCGCAGCAGGCCCCGGAGACUGCCGAUGAGUUCCUAGCCGUCGGCGUGGAACAGGAAGAAGCGGGAGAGAAAUGGCGGGCCGGAGAUGUCGCCAAAUCCAUGCGCUUUUUCAUGCGCGCUAUCGCGACCUAUGAUGAGGGCUUGAAGAAGCACCCUCAAGCGUUCGAUCUAGCAUACAAUAAGGCGAGAGUCCAGUACGAAAUCACCCAACAUCCCAAAUUGGCUGCUCAGCUGCCCGCCCCGGUGGGCGACAUCUUGCAAACAACACUGCAGUCGCACAGAGAAGCGCUGGUCCUAGAUCAGGACAAUGCAGAUGUCUUGUUUAACACAGCCCAAGUCCUCACGAGUCUUGCGGAGACAAUCACCGAUACCAAACGCCCCGCCGAUGAACAAUUGAACCAAGCCGUGAAGUUCCUCCAGGAAGCCCUAGAACUUUUCCAGCGCUGCCUUCUCCUUCAAGAAAUGAAGUACACCGAAAUGCAAGAGCACAUCAAACAGAUGGAAUCCGGGGUCUUGGAUCAACCCACACAGGACGUUCAACCCACAGAAGAGCAGAUGGAUGAUGCAGGUGAAGCAAAGACCUCGGAACAACAAGAGCAAUGGGCUGCCGUGAUUGAGCCGGUGACGAAAGACACGCUUGUGGAUACGGCCGUGGCCCAGUUGGAAUCACUCACCACCCUUUGCAACCUGCUCACCUUUGAUCCGGGUGUCGGGCUUGCUUGGGUAGAGGGCUACUCCUCGGACCUUCUCCAGGAAAAGAUCACCACGUAUGUUGAUGGCUCCAGCAGAACGUACGACGCUUCGCUGGCCCGUGCAAAAUUCGCCUGUGCCCUUGCUGAAGUACUGUACCGAGGCGGGCGUAUAGAUGUUGAAACGUAUUAUGGAGAACUUGCACGUGCUUUCGCUCCCGAAUUGGACCUAUCCGCGGAUCCCGAUGGUCUCUGCAGCAAAGCGGAUGCGCUAAUGUCGUUCAAUACCGCGGUCACAGACUUGCCUCCUUCCCAUGACCCUGAAAUGUUUGCGAAAUCAUUGAAGCUGAGGUGGCAAUCACUAUCGGCGGCUUUGGAUGGCUUGACCAAGGCUUCUAAGAUUCCGGAUGCGGAAAAUUUGCCCAAGAUCCAUCUGGCUAGAGGGGAUGUAGAAGUCAACCGAUGGCGGCUAGGUAUGCCGCCCUGGGAGUUUGCCAUGGCGCAGCAAAACUCCGCUCUGCUCCUGCAGAAUGCUCAAACAUAUUAUCGGGGCGCGGCUGCCUUGGCUCGAAGAGACGGGGCCGCAGACGAAGAACGGGAUGGGACCUGCAAGGAAGCCAUAACUGCUGCAAUGAACGGUCAAAAGGAAAAGGUGGAUCAGCUCAAACGCAGCGCGCCCAAAGAACUGAUGGUGGUCGCGGAAGACAUGGUGGAGGACGGUUGGGUGAUGCCUACAGACAUGGAGGCGUUGCUGUCGUAA